AUGAAGCACUACACGACGAUCUUGCUCGCCCUCUUGGGCACCGCCGCGGCGCAGACCACGUCCGUGAUUAGCGUCCUGAACCCCUAUUUCGGUGACAACCCCUACGACGCGUCCAUCAAGGACGCUAAUCCUACCGCGACGACGUACGUCGUGAGCUGCCAAACGGACAGCACGAAUUACCAAUGUCGCCAAGACCCCUCCGGCCUGGCCAUGACCCUCAUCGGAGGGCCGUCGACCGUGGAGCUUCACAUUGAACGUACUGCCAGCAAAGUAUCAAUCGAGUACAUUGGUACCGUCUCAGAUGGUGCCUUGUACUACCACGUGGUCGCCACAAAGAGCGGAAGCACCGUCACGCAGACCGAUACAAGUGUGUCGCCUCUGGGCACAAGCCUCUAUGUUCCUCUCACCGUUACCGCGGGCCUCGAGAAGUUGCAGCAAGCUCAGGCCGGCGCCACUACGACUGCGGCUGCGACGGCUACGGCGACCUCCACGGCGACCUCCACGGCAUUGGCGCAGAGCGGGUCCAGAUCCGGAUCUGGGUCCGGCUCCGCUGCUGCAACGGCGACGACUGCGCAGGCCUCCUCGACGUCCACGCCCAACGCCGCUGCACCCCGAGUCGGCCGGGAUGGUGUGCUCGUCGGUGCUGUCGCUGCGGCUGGGUUCAUGAUGUUUUAA